AUGGUCAAGCCGGCACCGGCAAAUGAAAGCCCAAAUAACGUUGAAUCAGCCUCAGAAGAGUUUCAUGAAGGUGGAUAUGGUUGGGUUUGUGUCGCAUGUACUUUUCUUAUUAAUGCUCACACAUGGGGUAUCAAUGCCGCCUAUGGCGUCUUCCUUUUUUACUACCUCUCUUCCGAUGUAUUCCCCGGUACAUCCUCUCUUGGAUAUGCGUUUGUCACUGGUCUAAGCGUUGGAUGUGCAAUGCUUAUUGUGCCCCUUGGUACAAUUAUCAGCCAGCGUGUAUCAAACCGUCUUGUUUUGAACCUGGGUGCUAUUAUCGAAGCCAUGGCGCUAAUCACAACAUCAUUCGUCAAAACCAAUUGGCAACUAUUCUUAUCCCAGGGAGCCGCUUUUGGAUUUGGCAUGGGAUUUUGCUUUGUUGCUUCUGUUUCGAUACCCUCUUAUUGGUUCGCACAAAAACGAAGCCUAGCCAAUGGCAUUGCCUCUGGCGGCUCAGGGCUGGGUGGUUUAAUAUACUCCUUGGCUACAGAAAAGAUGCUCCAAGAACUUGGUAUUGCGUGGACAGCCCGGAUACUGGGUAUUUUGGCUUUCACGGUAAAUAUGAUGUGUGGCAAUCUGUUGCGUAUUCCAGCGCACGCACGAGCAGUACGGAAGACCUCAAAGCUUGACCUGUCUUCCCUUUGGUCUCUCGACUACUUUUUGCUUUUGGGCUGGGCAUUCCUCAGUGCAUUGGCAUACGUGGUCCUGCUAUUUAGUCUACCCAGCUAUUCAGUUGCCAUCGGACUUACCCAAAAGCAAGGCAGUCUAGCUGGUGCGCUCCUCAGCUUAGGCUAG